AUGGCAGGAUAUUCCGGCGGACGCAAAUCAAUCUGCCCAGGACUGGCUUCCAUCGAGACGAUGAAGGUGCUGCAUGGACCCCAUGUCCUUGAACACCCCAAGGCUUCGGUCGGCAACCUUGAAGGCAAUCCACUUCAUAUCGAAGCCACCGAGAUUGCCUUGAUGGCGGGCGUAGAUUUUAACGUGAAUGUCACAAUCGAUGACCAACGUAGACUAACCGGUAUAUUUGCUGGCGAUAUCGUCGAAUCUCAUUUGGCAGGCGUCAGGUUCGUCGAAAAACAGGUGAAGGUAACAUUGCCAAAGCCUGUGGACGCUGUGCUUGUGUCAAGCGCAGGUUAUCCGCUUGAUACCACGUUUUAUCAAGCCGUCAAAGGAAUACUAGCAGCGGUGGAAAUCGUUAAACCGAAUGGGAGCAUUAUUCUGGUUGCGGAAUGCAGCCAAGGAAUUGGGAGCGGACCUUUCACCGAUUUGAUUUUAAAAACGAAAGACCUAAAACAGUUUAUUCACGAUAUUCACGACCCGGCAAACUUUGUCAUCGACCAGUGGCAAUUGGAGGAGUUGGCAAAAGCUGCCAACAAAGCCGAAAUAUACUGCUAUGCUGAUGGCAUACCGUAUGACCAACUGAAAGACCUAUUUGUGCAGCCAAUCCGAACUCCUGCAGAAGGGAUCGAGUGCGUCCUUUCCAAACAUGGAUCCGAUGCCCAAAUUGCUGUGCUUCCUGACGGUCCCUAUGUUUUAGCGAAAGUUGAAAACUAG